AUGUCUGCGAGUCAAGAUCCCCGAUCCAGAGACAAUGGCCCCGAUGGAAUGGAGCUUGAGGGCGUCAUUGAGAGCAACUGGAAUGAGAUCGUUGACAGCUCUAAUGACAUGAACCUCUCAGAGUCCCUCCUCCGUGGCAUCUAUGCCUAUGGAUUUGAGAAGCCCUCUGCCAUUCAGCAGCGAGCCAUUCUUCCUUGUAUCAAGGGUUAUGAUGUGAUUGCUCAAGCCGAAUCUGGGACAGGAAAAACAGCCACUUUUGCCAUUUUGAUUCUGCAGCAGAUUGAAUUGGACCUAAAGGCCACUCAGGCCUUGGUCCUGGCACCUACUAGAAAAUUGGCGCAGCAGAUACAGAAAGUAGUCAUGGCUUUCGGAGAUUACAUGGGUGCCUCCUGCCAUGCCUGCAUUGGGGGUACCAACGUGCGUGCAGAGAUGCAGAAGCUACAGAUGGAAGCUCCCCAUAUCAUCGUUGGCACCCCAGGACGUGUGUUUGACAUGCUUAAUCGCAGAUAUCUGUCUCCCAAAUACAUCAAGAUGUUUGUACUGGAUGAAGCUGAUGAAAUGUUAAGUCGUGGGUUCAAGGUCCAGAUCUAUGACAUAUUCCAAAAACUCAACAGCAACACCCAGGUGGUAUUGCUGUCAGCUACAAUGCCUUCUGAUGUGUUUGAGGUGACCAAGAAGUUCAUGAGGGACCCCAUUCACAUUCUCGUCAAGAAGGAAGAGUUGACUCUGGAGGGUAUCCGCUAA